AUGUAUCUGUUAGUAUACCCGAAGAAGCCAAGUGACAGCCUGCACUUGGCCAGACCCAGAUCUGCGCAAGACGGUGCGUCCGACAUACAGUCGGAAAGAAACAAGAAAGUGAGUGUAUGCCAAUUCCCCUUUGUCAGGGCAGGUUCAAGUGCGAGGCACACUCCUUCUGGCCGGAGUGUACCUGUGCACACUCUGGCGUGUAAACCGGGCACUCGGGCUGGGGAUCCGCACGGAACGGUAUAUAAUCUCAUCGCAGUCUUUCUCUCGCCAGUCUGUCGGGCAGAAGUCGUGUUUGCUGCUGGUUCUCUCCUCUUCGCCAACGCAACCACCGCCACCGCCACCGCCACCACCGCCGACACCAACAUCAACGCCGACUCCGACCUUUGUUUAGAUUGCCUAAAAAUGGAUCCUCAUGAUGAUGAUUUCAUCGAAUGCAUUCGAUUAAAAUGCCCAAAUAAAAUCUCGUUUUCUACAUUCUCUCUUGACCUCCUUAACUUUUAUCCAAGAGAUGUCUGCUUUCUGUACUUCGAAGUAGCCCGGCAAAUUAAAUCUAUUCGCAAGAUCUCCCAGAACAUCUCCGACGCAUCUAUGCCUUCUUUUGAUGUUUCGGCUGAUUCAGAAUGGACCUGGAUGAUCCAGAUUCAUUUUAGUUGCUCGAGGCCAAUCGAGCUCUAUUGA